AUGAAGGAAGAGGAGUGGCUUGGUGGCAAGAAUGAAGGGAACGAUGUUGGAGUGUGUUGUUGCGGAUACAAGAUCGAGAACGAAGGGGACACCAGACAGGCUUCUAUCAGCAUCAGGAUAGACUCCUAUCCGCCUUACCUCGGGACUUUCGCUCGCGAGCCCAUCCUUGUCAAAGGCAGCACAAGCAGGCGCAUCAUGCAGCUACUUGAACUCGAUGUCCCGAUACCCAAGAUUGCGCAGAAAUUGGCGAAGCGGAACUCAGCUGAAAGGUACACCACCAUUGAAGUGCAGUCAGUCAUUCACACAUGUUCUCUGUUAGGACUGAAGGGUGAUUCGCCAUACGCAACGGAGAGCUGGGAGAAUGAAUCCAUCGAAGGCUGGUGGUUGAAGGAAGACAGCUAUUGUGAAAGUCUGCUACGGGAACAGCCCAUUACCGAGAAGGACUGUGGAUAUGACUGCGACGAUGGCUGGUGGAAAGGCAGGCAGUGUGCUGGGCAUCGAGAUUGGAACAGAUGGGCGUGUUGUUCUAUCGGUCCCGAGGAGCGGAGGAGGGAACGGUAUCGGCUGUACGAUCUGUAUGGGUCGGACGCACUUCGAACUGGUAGCGACGGAAGCGACUGA